UUACGUCCAUAAUAACUUUCCAUACAUUUUGUGCUACGUUUAUAAUGUUACUUAUUUAUUGUUAGAGUUGCUUUCCAUAGUUUAAAGCUCACUCAGCCGGUUUUACUAGGCGGGUUCUAAUCCCGUGCAUUUAAGAAUUCAGUCUGGGCGUAGCAAUUGGAGAGAGCGGACGUUUUCUACCAGCUCCCUCAUUUCAUCCUACAUGUAACGUAUAAGUAUUACUGACCAGAGUCCAACUAUUCUGGAUCCCUUUUUGUACCUUAAUCUCAAGUCUGUUGAAGAAUUGGAAAUUUAUCUGUAAACUAUCACCUGAAUAAAAGCUACGUAAACCUAUUGAACGUUAUUAUUUUGGAGCCGCAACGCCACCCGGCGACAAAUGGUGUCAGAAGUGGGAUGUUGCAGUGCCUAUCCAGAAAUACUUCUUCAAGGAUCCAGCAAUAUCUAUACAAAGAUACCUAUCCAGUGAUCUUACAUCAUUUUGUAUAAGAUACCUACACCAGAGAGAUACCUAUCCAGGGAUACGUCUCCAAGGAUACCAAAUCAAAAAUUUCAAGGCCUACAUCAGAUCUCUAUUCAAAUGACUCAGGAUCCUACGGGAACAACUACUCAUAUCAACUAUCUUUGAAGUUAUCCUCCAAGAGAAAAUAUCUCCGCAGACCAGAUACCUACAGAAUUACUACACUCCUCAACGAUGUCCUGAUUAAAACCCAGGAACGUGAUACAAUUCCUCAAACAAGUUUUACUGUUUCUAAAAACAAAACUGAUUGUGUCUUGAAAAAUAAUCUGAAACAGAAUUUUGACUUAAAAGUUUUCUUUUGAAACAAAGCGGAUGAAUUAGUUUGUACAAUAUUUAUCUAAAUUUGCUGUGUGUUCUGUCAUUGUUUAUGAAUGUAUGCACAUUUGUUAAUCUAUUUGGCUGUCUUGUAUGUCUUUGUAGGAGACACGGUCAUUUGGUCAUUUGGGAUCCAGAUCUCUAGAAAGGGUGUUGGUUGGACUUCCUCAGAGUGUGUGGAAACUGGUCAGGGUAAUUGUAUCAAAGUAAAUAAAACAAAGUACAAUUGUGUCGCCCAUUCUGAAAAGUCAAUUGCUGAAAAAAAUGGUAGAAAUAAAAAGUUAGUAGAUUACAAAGAAGUACUGCAGUAUUUGUAUCAAAACCAAUGUGUUAGUAAAGUAUUUGUGUCUUGCAAAAUGUCUCAUAUGGAUUCAGUACAAGAGUUAAUAGCUGCAGGUGAAAGGUUAGGUUACAAAGAUGAUGAGUUGAAAAAAUAUGUUAGUGAUCAACAGAAAUUUCAGAGAGAAGAGAGAGCAGAAAUUCGUCAGAAAGAAAAAGAUGAAAGAGAACAUCAACUUAUGAUGGAACGUUUGUACUACGAAAUGAAAAUGAAGGAGUUAGAAGAGGAACACGAGUUAGAAAUGACAGAGAGAACUGCUAGAGGUAAGGCUGUUGACGCAAUGGCUAAGCCCAAUCUUCCAAAAAUUCCUCCAUUCGAAGAGAAUAAAGAUGAGAUCGAUAGCUAUUUGAGAAGGUUUGAGAGAUAUGCGACCGCUAUGGGUUGGGACAAAUCGUUGUGGUCUACACAUUUAAGUGCUCUGUUAAAAGGACGAGCUUUGGAUGUCUAUGCUCUCAUGUCUACAGCAAAAGUCAGUGAUUACGAUGAGCUCAAAGCAGCUUUACUUCGUAGGUACGAUAUGACUGAAGAUGGUUUCAAGCGGAAAUUUCAUUCAUGCAGACCUGAAGUUGGAGAAACAUUUUCUCAGUUCACAGUUAGACUGUCUUCGUAUUUAACUCGUUGGAUCGAAAUGUCGAAAAUCGAUUGUACUUUUGAAUCUCUAGUUGAUCUUAUGCUUCGUGAUCAAAUUUUACAUGUAUGUAAUUUUGAAUUGUCAGUCUUUCUUAAGCAAAACGUUCCAAAGACAGCUGAUGAGAUGUGUACACUGGCCGAUCAGUUCAGGGAAGCAAGGAAUACAAGUGCUAUAAACCUAUGUUCAAAAGUCAUAAGGAAACCAGUUGAAGUAAACAAAAUACCAGAGAAACCAAAAGAAGGACACCCUCAACAACAACAGAAGUCAAGGUUUGUUCCAAUAAAUGAGAGAAAGUGUUAUAUUUGUAAUAAACACGGUCAUAUAGCACCACAAUGCAAAUUCAGAAACAGAAAUUCUAGUGCAGAAGUAUAUGCGCAGGAAGACCAAGACAAACAAGCCACUUGUCAAGCUACUGCAAAUAAUUGCGCUGCUCUUAUCUGCACCCAAAGUCCAUCAAUUUAUACUCAAGUAAGUGACAUAACACAUGUCUUAACAUCUGCUUGGUACUCUGUGCAAAAACCAAUGCCACUCUCAGCGGGUUACGUUGAUGGUCAACCAGUAACGUUACUUAGAGAUUCUGGUUGUCGGAAUAUUGUAGUUCGGAAAAGUCUUGUUAGAGAUGACCACUUUACAGGUAAACAAGAAACUUGUAUUCUAGCAGAUAGUACAAGGAUAGUGGUCCCAGUGGCAAAAGUUAUUAUUGAUUCUCCUUAUGCAUCUGGUGAAUAUGAAGUUUGGUGUAUGGAUAACCCUGUAUUUGAUUUGAUCAUAGGUGAAGUAGAUAAUGCAAGAAAACCACAUGAUCCAGAUCCAGAAUGGAAACCAAACACUGUGUCUACUGUGGAGACGCGAAAGCAGGUAAAAGACAAACAGAAAGCAUACCCACCACUCAAGGUUCCUGAAAUCGUCAAAGAGGAAAUCAGUCCUGAGGACAUAAUGCGAGAACAACAAGCAGAUCCUUCGCUAGAAACAGCACGUCAGUAUGCAAGAGAAGGUCGAACAUCACGUGAUGGUAAAGUAAAAUGGAUUGAAAGGAAAGGUUUACUAUACCGUGAAUAUGAAGGAUUAGAAAAAGAUAGAGGUAAAACCUAUUGUCAGCUCAUUGUUCCUGCAAAGUUUCGCCAUAUUGUAAUGAAGUUGGCUCAUGAAUCAAUUAUGUCAGGGCACUUAGCAAUACAGAGAACGAUUUCUAGAAUUUUGUCAGAAUUCUUUUGGCCAGGUAUGCAGUCCGAGAUCAAACGGUUCUGUCAAUCUUGUGAUACCUGUCAAAGAACAGUGUCAAAAGGAAAGGUGAGUAAAGUUCCGUUAGAUAGCAUGCCUUUGAUAGAUGUACCUUUCAAAAGAGUUGCAGUCGACAUUGUGGGUCCAUUACAUCCUCCUACUGAUAAAGGUAAUCGCUUUAUUUUAACGUUAGUAGAUUACGCUACAAGGUUUCCACAAGCCAAGGCUCUUCCUGGAAUAGAUACCGAGCGGGUAGCUGAAGCUCUUCUCGAAAUGUUUUCUUAUACAGGCAUACCAGAGGAAAUCUUGACAGACAUGGGAAGUCAGUUUACUUCAGGGCUUAUGAAGGAGGUAAGUAGGCUCAUUUCAUUGAAACAGCUGACCACUACGCCAUAUCACCCUAUGUGUAACGGGCUAGUGGAACGUUUCAACGGUACACUCAAACAAAUGCUGAAGCGUAUGUGUAUAGAUAGACCGAAAGAUUGGGAUAAAUAUCUACCCACUGUGCUUUUUGCAUAUCGGGAGGUUCCCCAAGAAAGCCUCGGGUUUGCUCCCUUUGAGUUAUUGUAUGGCCGUACUGUUCGGGGACCAAUGACAAUUCUGAAAGAAUUGUGGACAAAAGAAAUCCAAGAUCAGCAGGUAAAGUCUACAUACCAAUACGUUUUAGAUCUCCGAGAGCGGUUAGAAUCAACAUGGGAGUUAGCGCAGGAGAAUCUGAAGAAAGCAACACAUAGACAUAAAGUGUACUUUGACAAGAAAGCUAGAGUGCGGAAUAUGAAACCAGGUGAGAAAGUUUUGGUUCUUUUGCCAUCUGAUAGUAACAAGCUCCUAAUGCAGUGGCAAGGUCCAUACCAAAUAGUGAAAAGAUUAGGUAAAGCAGACUAUCAGUUAGAAGUAAAGGGCAAAGUAAAGACAUAUCAUGCAAACAUGUUGAAGAAAUAUGUAGAAAGAUGUGAACCAGUUGUGGAUUGUGUUAUGUCAGUUGUAGAUUCAGAACAGAUUGAUGACUCAGAUGUUGAGUGUAGUCAAGAAACAGAUUUCUUGGAAGUUCAGUCUCGAGAAACACACGUUGAUGUAGAUGUAAAUCCAGAGCUUAGUAGAGAGGAAAAGCAGAAAAUGAAAGAACUUCUGUACAGGUGUUACAGCGUCUACGUUCAGCAAAUCUCACAGCAAGGCCAACGAAGUGUUCAUUGGCGUACCCAAAGCUGGAAUGUCUAG